GCGAUAUUUGUUCGCAAAAACACCAAUCGCUAUAUUAAAUCUUCUGUUCGGAAAAAGCCAGCAUAUCAGUGAAUAUAAAUUUUGCGGACGCCAGAGCACGUAUGAUUUUUUUAUAGAAAUGGAAUUUCAGACAAUGAAAAUUUUAGGAUUAGCAUUUGUUUUCUUUAUUUCGCAGAAUGAAGGAAAAUUAAUCGACACGUUGUACGUCGGAGACUAUGAAUUAAUCUAUUAUAACUAUGGAAAAGAUGCAUAUUACUCCCAUCAAACUGCUAUUUACGAAUGUGUUGUAAAAAUGCCUGGCUCAAGAUUGGUGAUUACAGAUAAUGAAAAUUUACAUGAAGCAGUGAAAGAACUCUUGAAAAACAAUACAUCAAAUAAAGUCUUGAUUGGUGCAUUUAAGAUUAGAGAAACCAAAGAAUACUAUUGGAUGAAUGGGGAAAAGCUCAAAGCCGGAUUUACUAAAUGGGCUGAGAAUGAACCAACAACUGACUACCAUGCUACAGAGGACGUGUAUGUUACAUUUGCGGAUUCUGAUUUAAAGUGGUUUGGUGAGCCAUAUAUCUAUGGCACUCGACUUGGAUUCAUAUGCCAAACUAGAAUUGACAAACUCCAACCGUCGUACUACGCUGAACUUUCUUUCGGAGAUACAAACUCUACAAACACAGGCAUUGGAACUAUGACCUAUUGGGACGCACAGAAAAUGUGCACAAGUAAUCAAAGUAGAAUUGUAGACAUUGUUAACGAUAGGGCGUUCUUUGAGAUUCGUGAAAAGUGUGCCAGUGACCCGACACUUAAGUAUUGGAUACGAAAAGAUGAAAACUCUAAAAACUGUUUAAUUAUGGGAAGUGAAGGAUGGUCACAAAAUGAUUGCGAUGAUCCGUCUAUUUAUCCCAUUUGUGAGAAAAUUCCACCAUGGGGCUUGAGAGUUUCCAACGAACGACCAGUUAUUAAGAGAAAAGAAAGCAUUACGAUUGACUGUAGAGCAUCAGGAUAUCCAAUUCCAAUUGUUGGUUGGCAACGAAGGGAUAGAACUGUCAGCGAAGUGUUAAAUCGACGAAUCCAUCAGAUAAAAUAUGACGGAUUUUCUCGACUUGUGAUAAACAACGCCAAGCCUUUUGACUCGGGAAGAUAUCAUUGCUUUGCCACUAAUUCAAUUCAUUCUGUGAGAGGAUACGCAGAUGUCAGAGUUGAUGGUAUGAUGCAACAUAAUUUUACAACAUUUGAAGAGAAUUUUGGACAAAAUACAAUAUCUGAAAGCAAUAAACCAAGUGCCGCUCUAUCAUCAAUUGGUCGACCUUCAAUCAACAAUUUAGAACAUUCGAUGUGCAGUACAUUGGAGUUCUCAGUUAUUGCAGGUUUUGCGUUACUCUGGUUAACUGUUAUCCUGGCGUACACAAUAUAUCUUUGUUGCUUCAGGAAAACAGCGAAGUCGGCUGAUGUGUUCACAUCCAAUAAUCUUGAUGAAUCAGCGAAUGCGAAAAAUGUGAUGUCAAAUACAAAAUAACACAAAAAUGGAUAUAUAUAUCUUUAUUUUUGAGUUUAUUAUGAUAAAUAAAAC